AUGUCGUCGUCGCAGGCUGGUGGGCGCAGCAGGAUGAGGAUAGGUGGUGAUGAGAAGAAGAGGAGGAGGGUGGCGGUGGUGUACUAUCUGUGGCGGAGCAGGCAGGGAGGGCUGGAGCACCCGCACCUGAUGGAGGUGGAGGUGAGCAGUGAGCAGCAGGAGCUGCGGCUGCGAGACGUGACGCGGCGGCUGGACGCACUGCGAGGCAAGGGCAUGGCGGCCAUGUACUCGUGGUCCUGCAAGCGGAGCUACCGCGGCGGCUACGUGUGGCAUGACCUCGCCCACCCAGACGACCUCCUGCUCCCCACCCACGCCGGCGACUACGUCCUCAAGGCCUCCCUUCUUGUGCACCAUCCCUCCACCACCACGGCUCCUGUUGCAUCUUCCACUGCCAACACACUGCUCGUUGCCGACCAAUGCACCUCCUGCAGGACUCCGCCACGUUCAUCCUCCUCGUCUUCUUCUGUCUCUUCUCUGCAGGGCAGCAGCUCGUCCCCUAAAUCUAAUACCAACAACAACAGCAGCAGCAAAGAGGAGGAGGAGGAAGCUGUAGUGGUGUUAGUUGAGCCGCCCAAGCUCGUCGCGGCGGCGGCAACGCAGACAGACGACGACGACUACUCCACUGCUACUGCUACUGCUACUGUAUCAGUGGCGGCAGCUGGCCAAAAGCAGGGGACGGCAUCAGCAAGAGUUGGAGGCAGCCGGAGCCUCGAGUCUCUGAUAAUGGCGGACGAUUCCAGCUUCAGGGGUAUGCUGGAAGAUGAUGAGGAGGAUGAAACAGGCGCAGGUGAAGAGAUGUCCAUGUCGUCGAUCUACAGGGUGAAGCCUGCCAACUUGCUCAUGCGCCUCAUCGCUUGCGGUUGCGGUUGCAGCACAUCCAUACCACUACCAGUGCCAGCUGCAGCUACCUGCAGGAACAAGAAGCAGCUGCAGCUGCAGCUAGACGGCCCAGGCCCAGCAACAGCGGAUGGAUUUGGAUAUGUGCAGCAGCUUGAGUCCUUGCCAUUGUCGCCGGUGCUGUCUCCUCUGCCGGAUCUCGUCAAUAGUAAGCAUAAGCAUCCACCACCAGCAGCAGCUAUUCCACACGAGCAGCACCAUUUUUCAGGCGGGACAAGUAUUACUGCUGCUGCUGCUGCUGCUCAUGAGGUAGCAGCUCGAGGGAAGCUCAGUUCUGUUGCUGAUGAUCUAGUACAACGAACGGAAUGCUCAAAUGGCACCGGAGAUUUAGUUAAUAACUUGGCAGCUGCCAAUAUAAAGGCAGAGCUGGCACAUUCAAGGCCGGUAGUAGUAGCAUUCCGUCUUGACAAACACGACGACAACGUCAUCAAAAUCGAGGAAAGGCUUGCUUCUGGAGCUCGCGUUACCAUAUCAAGUACUAAUUAAGCACCCAGCCGGUCGCUUGCUCUAGCUAAAUCUAAUUAUGUAUUGGUUAAAUCAUCAUCAAUCGAUGGACGCGGUGACAGUGCCCUUGCUUGUUUCCAUCUCCCGCCCCUCUCCAUCUCUUAAUUAGUUUCCUAUUUCGCUGUCAUACUCAAAUGUACCGUUUAAUUACAUCUUCCAGGAAAAUAAUAAAAAUAAUAUGAACCGUGCUGGAGAAGUAUUAAUUAGUCCGGUUGUCGUCGUGGUACGUACUUGCACACAACCAGGGGUUGAUUGUUUGACUUUCAGAUAAAAAAAAUAUAUUU